AUGCGAGAAGCGGAAACUGUAAUACUACGGAAAGUACAGCGGGAAUCAUUUGGAGAUGAACUGAAUGCUCUGAAAGGUGAAAAAUCUGUUUCUCGUGGUUCCUCGCUUCGAUGGUUCAUCCCAGCUAUAGGGGAAGAUGGUAUUCUGCGGGUAGGUGGCAGGUUAAGUCACUCUCAGGAAUCGUUUGAUACAAAACACCCGAUUACUAUGCCAGCCAGACAUUUAUUGACGGCGAUGCUAUUUAAACACUACCAUGAGAAACUACUGCACGCGGGAACUCAAUUGCUAUUGAGUACAGUACGGUUACGGUAUUGGCCUUUGGGUGGCAGAAAUGUGGCCAGAAAGAUAGUUCACCAAUGUCUUCGAUGCUUCAGAGCUAAACCGUCGGCCAUCAAGCAGCAAAUGGGUGAACUGCCGGCUGCUCGGGUUACAGUUUGCAAGGCGUUUUCAAAAACCGGAGUGGAUUAUUUCGGACCGGUGUACAUUCGGGAUGGCUGA